UCUAUGCACUCACGCAGCACAUCAUUAAAAUAGCCAACAACAUUUCGCCGUGAGCGCUUUCAGUGAAAAUUUGUUUUCCUUUCUCUGGGAUCAACAUGUUUGAAAUUGAGUAACCUGCUUUAUAUAUGUUGUGCAUGAACCCGAGAGAAUAAAUCCGAAGUUACGAAAAAAACCCCGAAUUGUGUCGAAACAAAUUCUUUAGUCUCAGUUCAGAUUUUCGUUAAAGAAGAAAAAAAAAUAUUUUUCUCAGUUUUCCUUCAGAAGUCGUUAACAUCAUUUCACUGAGACGUGUUUGAAUAUUUUUUGCUGUCCAAUUUGGAUUUUCAUUUACCUCUAUUGCUUCCAAUAUCACACUUACUCAUACACACACAAACUUGAGUCAUGGGAAAACCUUUUAACGAUCCGGAAAAUCCCGAUAGUCAGAAGCAAACGCCUUCAGCUCCACCGCUCACUGAUCUUGUCAAUGAUACAUCAUAUAUCGAUUUUAUUAUCUUGGGAAAUAAGGAGAAUUACAGUGUUCGGGCUGAUAGACUAUCAAUCCUCAAUUCUAACACAGAAUUAUCACGACUUGUCAAAGCUGAGAAGUUUACAAUCAAUCAGAGCAACGUAAAUGUUAGCAACUUUGAAGCGCUAAUUCGUUUCAUCGAAACAAAAUUCAUUCGCUUUAAUGAUGACAUCAAGAACACUUUGAACAUUUUGGAGCUCGCAUCGACAUUUCAAUGUCACGAUUUGGAAAUUGCCUGUGUGAAAGAAUUAGACAUGAAACUGUCUGUCGAAAAUGUUAUUGAUAUUUUCAAAGUUUUAAGAUAUUACAACACGAAAACAGUACUAACGAUUAGAACAGCGCCAAAACCGUCAGGAGCUGAAGAAUAUUUGAAUGCGAUGUUUUACAACACUCUUCAGUUCAUCGAUCAAAAUGCUGUUGAUGUUCUGUCACAAACUGAAAUGUUAACUUUACGAUUCGAGGAAUUUGAAAUAAUCAUAAAAAGAGACGCGCUACAGAUACCUUCAGAAACAAUUAUUUUUAAUCUUCUUGCUGAUUGGAGUAGCAAGGAAUGUGAAAGAAAAAUAAUUGAACCGUCAGAAGAGAAUCGAAGACGAGUUUUGGGUGGGUUGAUUUACUCUCCGCGAUUCUUACUUCUGUCUUAUGAAGACUUUCAAAAGUGUCGUGAUCGAGUAAGUCUACUUGAUCCCGUUGAAAUCCAGUUGAUUGAAGAUUUCUUCAACAAGAAGAAAGCUUCAAAUCUCACCGAGGAACAAAUUGUGAUGUUGCAAAAUUUUAAGAAGUCACGACCGAGUUUUCCCGGAAUGCCGAUUCAUCUUUCCAAUAGAAGUAAUCCUAAGAAUUAUCCGAAGAAAAUGAGAAAACAUGCACAAAAGCUUGCAGAGGAAGGUAUGGAAAGAAGUCGAUGUGAUUCUUGUCUUGUCACGUGCGCAUCAAUUUUUGCAUGCAUUUUUGAAUGA